GUCAGCAGUGUGCUUCGAGUUGCUUCGACAAGAGUGUCCGGAGUGUUCCUCGGCUCCACGUUGUAUUGCGUUGUGUCUGCCGUGCGUGCAGUCGCGCGUCCUCCAAGUGACAUAUCGACGUUACGCGGAUUAUUUGAAGGACCACAGAGCGAAGUUGAUUCGGUGGUGGCCGGCCGUCAAGCCCGUCUACGAUGUCCAGGUCGACGACGUGCGCCGUCUGCCGAAUGUCACAUUCCGCGAAAUAAAGGGUAACCUAAAAAUGCGCGAGGAGAAGAUCCACCGCGUCCUCGCGUUCGUUCUGUGCCUCCUGGGCGAACGCACCGCGUUGGAAUUGCCUUGUUAUCCGGACUACUGUAAGAACGUGGCGAAUGAAACUGAGCUAUAUACAUUGGACCACCAGUGUCUAUUGACUUCAGUGCAAAAGAAUGAAGAUUGCGCGAAUUUCAAGUUCGAGGACGCCGGCGAGACGUCGUCCGAGCGCGGCGACACCGCGAUUUUCACGCUGUCCGUGUACAUCAAAGACUUCGGGAAUUCCGAAAGAGCGACCGCCUUCAAUUUAUCCGUCUCAGACAUCAACUUCCACAGGUUAUUUACGCGUUAUCAGUACAUCGUACCCAAACACAAUGCACAGUAUCCGAACGAAGGAGUGAGCGCGUGCCGAGUUGUGAGAGUGCCCGAUAACUCCAGGCACCCCGCGCCCAAACAUCUGUACGUGUCGUGCCCGUUCUCCGAAGAUAUAUACGAGGGCUUACCGUAUCGCCUGGAGUACGCUGUGGUCGGCAAAAAUUUCGCGUACAACAAGAAAUACGUCUUCUACGUGCCGCAGCAUACACAUAUCGCGGACGGUGUCGCGCUCGACGAAUACACGCCUUUCUUCUACGUGGACGUGUCGGAGUCGGCGAGUCUGGCGCUGUACGUGCAGCCGCUCCCGGCGAGUUACAACAUCACCAGGUACCGAGCGUGCCUGAUCCACAACGAGACCGAGUCGACGAGCUGCACGACCCUACCUGCGAACGAGAACGGGGGACACAUACGGCACAACUUCAGCGCGCCCGACGGCUUGUACUACGUCAAGGUGGCGGCCUUGCACCCCGACUGCGGUGAAUACGGCUGCGUGAACAGCACGUCCCCGUUCAUACAAAUAAAAUAUGCGUCCGACCGACUGCUAAUCAUGAUAAUCAGCAUGAUAUGGAUACCGCCUGUGCUUCUGUACGCGCUCUACCACGCGUUCAAGCUCCAUCGCAAGCGAGUCCUAAGGGGCAUAUCGAGAAGGCCGAAUUGCCUGUUGAUUUAUUCGCCGACGCAUGUGGCGCACGUGCAGGUGAUGGAGGAGCUCACCAAGUACUUGCAAUGCUGCAACAUCAACGCUAUGAUCGACAUACUUAACAUCCGCGAUAUCGCCAGUCAAGAUCCGGGGAUCUGGUGCAACAUGGCGUUUCGAGCCGCGGACGUCGUUCUAGUCGCGACCUCGCCGCCAUCCACGCCGUCCUCCUACCCGAACGUGUACCGCAAUGUGGACAAGCACCUGCUGCGGUUGCUGAAGGAGAACUACCCGCAGCGGAACAAGCGCUACUACGCGCUACACUUGCCGUACUGCGACACGGAAGAUAUCCCGGAGGAGGCGCGUCUCUUCAAGAUGUUCCGGGUGCCGCGCGACCUGCGGAAGCUCGUGAAGACGAUCCACGGUAUCGGUUACUUGCGGUUAUGUUCGCCCCGCGACAACACUGGCAUACCGGAGAUACUCUACAGCAUCCAGCUGGCGGCGGACAUGCUGGUGAAGGAGCAGAGCGCCACCGUGGCCAAGAAGAAGACGGAGGAGACUGGUAAGCGUUCCCGCGGCGUCGCGCUCGACGCCGAGAUCGGUGGAUUUCGUUCGAUCGGUUAUUCCGAAUUACCCGCAGACGACCUGUUGCCGUCGAUCGUCGUGCGAGAGACCGUGAAUCGCUGCGAGCCCGACCGGGUCGUGUCUGCGAGCGAAUCCGACUCUGUGGACGUCGACGACGUCAUACCUCAGUCUUUCGCGACGGACAUCAACGAAUUGAACCUGCUCGGCGAGAGCGACGACAAGGAGACCGUGAGGAGCGUCUACCCGGCGAAGGACGAUUGUGAGUUCCGCAUCGAUAGGUUGAACUUGUAAUUUUUUCUUCAUAUGUAUAAGCGUAGCUCGUAAGAUUCGUUUACCGCGAUCGACUGUGUAGAUUUAAGUGAAGACCGACUUUCCCUAACUUUCUCUAUUAAUUCGUGUCGCAUGGAGAUUUUUAUAUCGUACCCGCUCCGUGUCUCAGUAUCAUGUCUUAAUUACACGACAAUUCGAUAGAUAAAGUUUGUGGACAAAUUCUUGAGAAAAAGAAUAAAUCUUGCUAAAGAAAGAAAAA